AUGAUCAAGAUGAUUCCGGGCGAGAUAUUUGCAGAAGAUUUGAUGAGUACUGUGGUCAGAUAUGGACUAUACAUUGGCGCCGCUUUUCAACUGGUUUGUUUGUUAGCUUGUGUAACUCUUACGGAUGAACAAAGCGACUCCCACCCGUACGAGAAGGCCUAUACAGAUAGUGAUGAAUGUAGCUCUGAAGCAAUCUUCUCCGGGUCACCGUGCGACUGUAUCACGAGCACGCCGUCA